ACAAGAAUUAGUAAUUCAAAGAAACCACCUCAAAAUGGGAGCAAGUCGGACAAAUUAGGCAGAAAGUUGGCCUUAUUACAAGAUGUUGAGAAUCUGAAGAAGAAGCUGAGGCAUGAAGAGAAUGUGCACAGAGCUUUGCAGAGAGCCUUUCAUAGGCCUUUGGGAGCUCUUCCUCGCCUCCCCCCUUAUCUCCCUCAAUAUACUCUGGAGCUUGUAGCAGAAGUUGCAGUGUUGGAAGAGGAGGUUGUUAGGCUUGAAGAGAAGGUUGUCAACUUCAGACAAGAAGCUGCUCACAUAUCCUCCUCAACAACACCUUCACCUUGUCAUGACACAACACCUGAAUUGCCAAUCACAACCUCUAAACACAAGCAUUCAAGGGCUUCCUCCCAAAGUGAAAUCGACACGGGAUCAUCCCUUUCUAGGAUCGCUUCGUCUAGAAAGUUCGCGUCUCUCGAGAGGCCAUCGGAUGGAUCAAGAAAACCGCAUCAAAACGAUCGAAUCCUUGCAUUCGACACUCAAUCCGAAAGGGAUACUAAUAGUAGCAAAUCACUUCCUGUGAAGAAGCAUUGUAGGAUUGUGGAGCAAGCACAUGAUGAGGGAGGCGGGGACGUGGAGAGUGAGGCGAAUAAGACAUCGCAGGAUGUAUUGAACUGUCUGAUCAGCAUCUUUGUGAGAAUGAGCUCCUCGAGAAGGAAGACGAUGGAUCUCUCUUCGUUGGCGUACAGCGAGGAAUCCAGCUUCCGGGAUCCUUACUUCAACUCUUCCGAGUUGAAGAAGCGAGACGUUGGCGCCUACAAACAUCUUUACGUGAUAGAAGCCCACCAAGUGGAUAUGAAACGCAGAGCAAACGCUGCGUUUCUGAUCCGUAGGCUUAGGAUUCUCUUAGACAAGCUAGCAUCUUUGAAGUUGGAUGGUUUAAGUCAUCAUCAGAAACUUGCAUUCUGGAUUAACAUCUAUAAUUCUUGUGUUAUGAAUGGAUUCUUGCAGGAUGGAAUACUGGAGAGUCCUGAAACGACCGUGGUACAAAUGCAAAAGGCAACGAUAAAGGUUGGGGGGUACGUGCUAAACGCACUCACAAUAGAGCACCUUAUCUUGAGACUUCCAUAUCACUUAAAAUAUACGUGCACAAAGUCGACCAGGAAUGACGAGAAGGAUAUCAGCAAGAUGCUCGGUUUGGAGUGGUCGGAACCAUUAGUCACAUUUGCCCUCUCCUCCGGAAGUUGGUCCUGCCCUGCGUUGAGGGUAUACACCGCAUCCCAAAUCGAGAGCGAGUUGGAGGCAGCGAAGAAGGCUUACCUACAAGCAGCAGUAGGCAUAUCAGCAGUAUCGAACAAGCUGGUAGUUCCGAAGCUGCUGGAUUGGUAUCUUCUCGACUUUGCAAAGGAGAUGGACGCGUUGCUCGACUGGAUCUGCUUGCAGCUUCCGGAUGAGCUCAGGAACGAAGCAGUGCAAUGCCUCGGGAGCAAGCCUUGUACAUCGGAGUUGGUUGAGGUGACACCAUACAAUUUUAGUUUCAGAUACCUUGUACAUCGAUGACAUUGUUAGGAAAGAAUACAGGACAAUAUACUCAAAGAGAAUAAUUAUUCUACAUUACAUCAAUAAACCAGAACCUAUUUUAUUGUUGACUUA